AAUACACAGCCGGUUUCAUCCAGGAGGAACUACAGCAAGCAACACUUACAGGGUCAUGGCUCCAGCUGUGGAGAGGAUCAUUGAGAGCAUCGGCCGUGGAGACCAGGACACCGUCCAGCUCCUCCUGGACAGCUACAAUACUCAGUAUGCACAGUGCUUCUUCUUUAACACUGAGGCACAGGAGAGGAAAAAGCAACGACAGCUGGAAAAGUUCAAGAGAAACAAAAUAAGGGACCACGCUACUGAUUCUGACUCUGAUGCCGGCUCUGAUGACGAGGAACCUGAUCUUCUUCUCAGACAGGAUCUGGCUGCAGCCCUGCUGCACUUCGUCAGUGGUCAGCUCCAAGCAGCAGUUUUACGGGUCUGCUUGCAUACACUGCGCAUCCUCUCCCGAGACCGAAGGGCCCUGGGGCCCAUGGUUACUGAUAGCGCCCUGUGUACCUUAGCACACCUCGGAGGCAUCGAAUUGCUGCAGACAUGCCCAAAGAAAGACAAGGAAAAAGCUGAAGAUUCGUUGGCCAGAAAGCAGACCGACUGGAGAGCAAUAAGUGAGUGUGAAACAGUCAAGACUUCACCUGUCAGCACAGUGUUCUCAGAGUCCAUUCCCACCGCCGUGGCUGGCCUUCCCACCACCAGCAACAGCAGCAGCACUGAUAACUACAGCUACAACUGGAAAGGUGCUGAAGGCCAGGUAGUUCUCGCUCCUGGGAAGAAAGACAUCAGGGAAGAGGACAGUGAGGAGGAAAAGAAGGAAGAAGAUGAGGAGGUGUGUAAGAAAGAAGCUAUCAAAGUCCUGUGUAACAUCAUCUACAACAGCCCCCGGGCACAAGAGAGGGCCAGCACACUCAGGCUUCUCCAAGGUUUGUGGGAGAGUUUGAAGGAUGCAAUCUGGAGUAGUGCCCCACCUAGUGGCCAGUUCUACAAACUGCGACUGCUGUUCUUACUGACAGCCCUGAGACCAGAGCUCAGACUGCAGCUGCAGCAGGAGCACGGAGUGUCGGUGUUGACCAAAGCUUUGGAGCAGUACCUGGCUGUGAGGUGGGGGGAGGGAUACGAGGUUAUUAUUGAUGACACAGCCCCUCCCAUCUCCAGAGAAACAUCCCAAGACAUCACUGAGAUUCUCAAGACGCUUUUCAACAUUGCUCACAAGUUCCACAGAAAGGAGCCGGAUGAGGAAGACUCAGCUCUCUAUCGCCACCUAGCAGCUGUGCUACGCUGCUGCCUGUUGCAGUCAUGUGAUGGAGAAGACACGCUGGAGGAACUUCAAGGACACACGGUAAACAUCCUAUCAGUGCUGCCUCUGGCAUGUCUGGAUGUUCUGCUGGCUGUUCCCAUGGACCAGGCCAGCCAUAAGUGUGAAGGGAUCAACAUGGACUGUGUCCACGCGAUGCUGAUGCUGAUGGACAGACGCCUGAACAGGGGUCAGAAGCUGAAGGAGAAACUUACGCCAGUUCUGAAUUUACUAACCGAGAGUUCCCGGGUCCACAGAGAGACACGUCACUACCUCCGGCAAAAGAUCUUGCCGCCACUGAGGGAUGUUGGAGUCCGUCCUGAGCAUGACGGCACACUCAGAGGCAAACUGGUCCGCCUGAUGACGCAUGUGGACACGGAUGUGAAGGAUUGUGCUGCUGAGCUGCUGUUUGUGCUCUGCAAAGAGAAUGUGAGCCGAUUUGUGAAGUACACAGGUUAUGGUAACGCUGCAGGGCUGCUGGCAGCGCGGGGUCUGCUGAACGGGAGAAGGAACUCGGUGGAUAGCAGUUACGCAUCCAGCUACUCCAGCGACUCGGAUUCAGACACAGAGGAGUACCGAGAGGCCAGAGCGAAGAUCAACCUGGUCACCGGUCGGGUGGAGGCGGAGCAGCCUGAUCCCAUGGAGGGCAUGACGGAGGAGGAGAAGGAGGAGGAGGCCCGUCGCCUCAUCUGCAUCAUCAACAGACUGUCACGAGACCAGAUCAUUCAGCCGAUGGGGGUGACAGCAGAGGGCAGGCUGGCUCCUCUCUGGAACCAGAUGCGAGGCAGCUCAGAGGAAGAGGACGAGGAAGACGAGGAUCUGAAUCCGAUGCCGGAGAGGAGAAAUGGCAAACAGAUGGAAUGAACAGAUGAAAUGGAGGAGAGAUUGCAAAGUAUUUUCUCUUUCCAUUAAUUUGUAGGGAUUAAUGCAGCAGCAAUAUUAUGCUCAUGAAGCAGGAGCCUCAUCAUGAAGCUGCAGGCUAACCGGCUUCCACACAGAGAAUUAGAAACCAUGCUUCUAUUCAUCUAUCUUAAUCCACACACACUCACAUUUGAGUUUUCAUUCAGUUUAUACUGUAAACUGUGAAAAAAGACGUGAGUAUGUCAAGAAAUAUGAAGGUUGGAUGUGAAGGAAUUUGAUGUGGAAAGA